AUGGCUGGUAACCCGCCCGCAUUGCCAGAAAAAAAGUUCGGACCCAGUAACGAAGACUACCCCGUGCUCGGCCCCCAGCCAUUCUUUGCUAAGAGUGACUGGGGCCCCAAGGAAGCUGCUAAAGGAGAGCCUCCGAAGAGCGCCCAGGUAGCAUUGAGAGCCGGGGUCACUACAGGAUUAGUGAUAUCUCCAAGCGUCCCAGAGUACCCAAACUGGGAUUUUGUUCUCAUUCCCUCUCAAGGCCGUUGGAGGUUUGUCCCCUCAUCUUGCAUCGGCACAUUCCAGUCCAGACUGGUCAAACCGUUCGACGUUGGCAAGCCCUUCCGCGUCACUGAAGACUUUAUUGCUAGCAACAAUCCCUUCAUGAAAGAGGAACGCCAGUUCUGGCAGAAGGCACCCUGGGCUUUGGUCACAUCGAGUCUCACCGAUGAGCGGAAUCUCGGCUCAUAUAUUCCAACGGAUAACAUCAAAAUCUACGUCGGCAGGCUUGGAAAUAGCAAUGACAGCGGCAAGCGGUUUACCGCGCUCUACAACUUUGCAACCGACAAGGCAUACCAUCCGAAAGGCCUUUCCACUAACAGGUCCCCAUCACUGAAGAUUGGGUCGAACUACACCCUACAAUGGACUCGAGUUCAGAAUCAAGAAGGCAGAACGGGAUAUGUUCCCUCUAACUAUAUCCGUAUCGGCACCACCGAACAGGGUCCGGUUGCCCAUCCUUCGGACAUAGGGAAGAUCUUCCACACGACCGCAAAACACACAAAGAGGGAUUCGGGUGAUCUCUACCCACUCAUUGUCCUUGAAAGCCAAAUCGACUUACCUAGUGGCGUUAACGUUUACGUUGUGGGGGUUGAUGAUAACUUAGCCUGGACACACGUUAGCACUUUGGAGGAGCCUACGUCAUCAGGAUAUGUUCCAUCCCGUAUACUAAGUGAAGGAUGGUCUCCGAAUAGCAAAGGAUUACUUCCAAAGGACAUCGGCCACUUUUGCAUCCUUGAGUCUACCUUUCCAGGCAAAAUAGAUCUUCGCGCCGAAGACGGACCUAACCAAGCCAUACAGAGAGUUCUUUCGAGCACAGGCUUGCGUGGUCAAAUACUGGAUUACAAACCGAAAGACGGUGGUAGCCAAACCGCUACUUGGCUCCCAUCCACUCACAUUCGGAUUACGCAAUUUGCAUUCAUCGCCAAACGCAGCUACGAUACGGCAUUUGAAUUAAAACAAAUGGGAGGAAAUCAGAAGAGUAUCGACAUCAUAAAGGACGAAGUGGGUAUUGCUGUUAAGCGUUCCCUUGAAUAUGGCGGCUAUGUCCUUGUCCACUUACCAUUCCGCGCGUCGAACAACAAGAAAAAUACCAAGGAGGACAACAGAAAUGGUUGGACCAGGCUUGACUGUAUCGAGAUCGGAACAGCAGAAUGGGGAACAUGGAAGACCGAACUCAAACCUAGGAAGAACAUCAGCUCCAUCCCGGGUGAGGCUUCCGAUACUCGUGGCUACCUCUGGGCAAUGACUCGGACGCCCAAUGCCUUCCAGUUCCGUUGCCCUAAAUUGAGGGUCAAUAAGGCAGGCAUCAAAGUCAGCAUUCCAGAAGUUGGCGGUACUGAGCCUAUGGGCGACUCGGUCAUCAUCGAAGCUACGCCAAACUUCUUGCCUAAAGACAUGAAACUGGGGACAGAGUUCGUUCCCGUCGUUGAGAUUUGGAUGAAUGGCGGCCAUCCCAAGCCUCUAUACCCGCAACCGAAACUGGGCUGCUGGACUGACUCUUAUUUGGGACGGAGAGUUGGCUUUAAGAUUGAGGUUGACCAUGUCAAAAAGGUAAAAGGGCCAGAUGGAAUCAAAGAUGAACACACCUGGAAAGAACACUACUUCCAGAGACCUGGAGGCCAGCUAGACCUGCAAGCUCCACCGAGAAACACGGAACCCCCAGGAGUCGGCUCGAUGCAAUUCUACGCAGAACCCAGGGCGAUCAUAAGCCGGUUCAUGAGACAAGAUAUGCCAUAUCCGGAAGAAUCUCCUCUCUGGGAAGUCAACUUGGGCAAGGUAGAUGUCGUCGAGGAGAAACGCGAUUUCCUGACCCAAACCAGGACGUUCGGAUACCUCCCAGAAUCCAACGCAAUGGAAUCAAAGAGAGUUCCGCUGGAGGAGCUGGCCAAGACCUUACUGGAUGCUGGAGCUCAAUAUGCUAAUAUCCCAAGGGGUCAAGCUCCGAACAAUGUUGCCAUGAGAGGCAGGUCGAACAGACCCAAGGUGUUUAAAUGCGACAGCUGCUAUUUGAACAGCUUACGUUCAGAUGAGCCGAGCUUCAAAAAGUUGGCAGCAUACCCCCGAGUGUCGAAGGGCUUUGGCGAUGAUGAACCAACCAACUGCCCGCAUCAGGAGGGCACGGAUCAGUGCAUAUCAUGCUACCUCAGAGGUAUUCCGUGCUCGUACACGAAGACCGACCGCCUAAUCAAGAAUUCCGAGCUCCAGAUACUCGUCAUGCCGGGUUCACCUCUUCCUAACUUUCUUCAGCAGCAGUUCGAUACUAACGCCGAAAGGGUGGGCUUUGAUCCGAGGGGAGAGGAUAUACCGGAUCCUCAGUUCCGCGACGACGUUGUUGAGUCCAUGAUAGGGUAAACCGGAGAUGUCGAGGGGAAAACACGUAUGAUGUGGCGGUGCGUAGACAGUGUGGCAAAGAGUGG